GACAGACGUGCCUGGAGUGUUUGAUAAUUGUCUGAUAAUAAAAGAAGAUUGAGUGCAUUACAGUGUGCAUUACAUUAACGCUUGACAGUCCUCGUGUUCUGUCCCUAAAACUUCCGUACAGGAAAAAUAUGCGAAGACUAUUGCAAAAAAGUUAAAAUGGAUAAAAUUGCUCAAUCUUUAAAAGAGGAUUAUUUAACGUGUGUCAUAUGCUACGAACUAUUCAUUGAACCCAAAAGCUUACCAUGUCUUCACACAUUUUGUGAAGAUUGUCUGGACAUCUUAUUAGACAAAUCGUCACAGAAAACAGAAUUGACCUGUCCAACAUGCCGGGAAACGUUUACAUUACCAUCUAAAUCGGCGUCUUCUUUGAAAACAAACUUUGUCUUCAAGGACAUAAUCACUAGAUUGUCCCCCUCUAGAAAACCUUUGUCAACGCGAUUAUGCUCUUUCUGUAUUCUGCAUUCUAAAGAGGUUGAGGCUACCCACAAAUGCGUAACAUGCUUAGAUUUAUUAUGUUCCUUCUGUGUGCGACAUAGGCAUCUCUUCACCAGACAGACUGCGUAUCAUAAAAUAGUCAGUCUGAGCGAUUAUUUGGAGGGAAACUAUAAGAAAGAGAAAGACCAUGAAAUACUUUGCGAACGACAUCAAGAAAAAAUACGAUUCUUUUGCCCGGAAUGUUUAGUUCCAAUCUGUAGUGAAUGUGCUCUGAUGGAACAUAGACAUCACCAAUAUUUGCUAUUUACUGAGGCAAGAAACGUCAUCAAUGAAGAGAUGGAUAAAGUUUUUAAGAUAUCGAAAGCACAACAGGAGAAACUCAAACACGCACAUCAAGCCUUAUCUUCAAAAUCUGAAGAAGUAUCAUCAAAUGAAACUUCCCUAAUGACUGUCGUUGACUCAACAUUUAAGGUAAUUCAGUCUAAGUUGGACAAACAUCGUCAAAGUAUUCAAGAUCAGAUAAAGAAAAAGUCAAGUGUAGAGAUGGAUAAGAUUAAAGCCUGUAUGGAAGAAAUUGUAGUUAUUCAGGAAGGUUUACAGGAAUCGGUCUUCUUCUGUGAAAAUAUUCUGUCCAACAGAAGCAAUUUGGAAAUUGUUUUCUUUCUUGACGACAUGAAAUCAUCAUUAUUGAAAUUAUCAAAUCAAGACACAACUAAAUGCUUUGUUACCCUACCACAACUUGAAAUUAAUGUUGGAAAGGAACUUCAGGAGGUGUUUAAUCUUAAACAAAAUGUUUAUGACAAAAAAGAUACAAAAGCGGCUAUAAUGAGCGCUAAGUCGUCAACAAAAAUUGACAAGGACACAAUUACUGGGUCACCGAAAGGAGCUUGCGUUGAAACCCCGGAGAGGAAAUCCGUCAAAAAGCCAAAAUCACCUCCACAUGGUUCAAAAACAUCUGUAGUCCCAAGGUGUUUGAAAUCUUAUGAUUUGUCUGAAAUAUCAAAGAAAAAGCUGUUAGGUUAUUCUUCUAUUACUUGGAUUGGCAAAACUUCUUUCGGUCUCGCAGACAAACUAAACCAGAAAGCAAUCAUCGUAAAUAAUAUGCAUGGGAAAAUUGUAGUCCAUGCCCAUUCGGUUAAAGAAAUAGUUGCGAUUGUUUAUUUCAAUGACUAUAUCGCAUGUAAAACACAGUCGGGAGAUAUCGUAAUUUAUUCUUACCCGGAAUGGAAUUUGGAAAGAACUUUUAAAGGGGCUUAUGCAAUUUCAUCAUGCUCUUCUGAAUUGAUUUGGAUAACGAAAAACAAGAUCAUGAACUUCACAAAUAACUGUCUUGGGGAAAAGAUAGUCAAAGAUGAAAAGGGAAAGUCCUUUAAAUUCCAAAAACCUUAUCAUUUCUGUUGUCUUCCAAACAAGUCCUUUGUACUCAGAGAUAUGUUUUCUGACAGUCUGUAUAUGCUAGAUCAAAGAGGACACAUCUCGGCAAGACUUACGCUACCUGGAGAGUUAGGUGCACUUUCAUGCGACAAAGAUAAUCGCAUUUACAUGACCUGCUAUGAAUCAAAUUCUGUCAGCGUUUUUGACAUGAAUGGAUCAUGUUUUAGUACCAUUUCUCUGCGUUGCAUUUUAGAUAGACCCAAAACAAUUUCUGUUCGAAAUGAAGAAGCAAUAUUGAUUGCAAAUAAGUAUGAUGUCGUGCUCCUUUCGCUUAAAUGAACACUUAGUGUAACUCUGUAAAUAAACUAUGAUGGAAUUUCUCUUCGCUAUAAUUUUAUAAUUAGGUACAUGCUGAUAAAUGUUUUUUUUUACGUGUGAUUUGUUGAGCCUAGUUACUGUAGAGUCACGAUAGACGUAUUUUAGACGAAUUUAGACGCUAUUUGUCAUGAUCCUAUUUUCUAUUUAGAUACGAUGAAAUACGUUCUGAUAAGAUUAUCCAGGUUUUAUUCCUGAUGCGACCUUCUAAUUUCACGACACGAGCCCCCAAUUUGGGACAAUUGUAUACGUGCAGAACGGUCCCGAUGUGUUCUGUUGCGAAGGGACAUGAUACUGAGUGAGGUUCUUUUAACGAUCAAGAUGAAAGAUGAUCGCGAUAAGAGUGACAACUCUGCCAAGACUAUAUAUUUAUAUGACCAUAUUGACACAUUGCAACUAUACACAACGCGGCGUAUUUUUUGUCUCUCUUGAGAUUGUUAAAUAGGAUUACGAAUAGGGGGAUACGGUUAUAUGCGAUAUACUGCGCUUAGUAACAAUGCCUUACGAUUUGAUAUGAUGAUAAACGGAUCAUUAGGAUUGAAAAUAAUUGUGUUCAUUGUAAACAUUUUUAGAAAAAUCUUUUUUUUAAAGAUUAACAAGCUUGUCACGACCGACCUCAAAAUCUGGUUAGAUUUGAUGUCAUAUUACUUUGAUAACCAUAGAAUAGUGGAAACGUAGCAAUAAACUUCAUUAAAAUAAUGUUUAUAGAUAAAUGAAUUUUUGGUUUUUGAUAUUGACUCGUGACUUCUAAUGUUACGACCCUUAAAUUUUUUAUGUACAAUCAUAUAUUUACAUCUACAAAGCAUAAUUUCCUCUAUUUCUUACGGAAACUUAUAGUUAAUUCAUAGCUCUAUAGAAACACCCAGACUGAUAUCUACACGCCCUACUUAUCGAUUGGUCGAAAUCUACAGCGGCUGAAAGUGACAGGACUGAAAAUGACACGCCAUGUUUAUCGAUUGGUCUGAACCUACAGCGACCUUAGUAAAAUCCCGGACUGCACGAAAUAAUCAUAACGAUGCCAGACUCAAAGUCUCAUAGGAGACGAUUUGGCUGUUUCUUUUAGCUAACGUACUUUUGUACAUUAACAGUAAUUUAGGGAAUUUUACUAACUUUUUAUAAUCAGUUUAUUACAGGUGAUUAGUUAAAGAAAGACGUUAAUAUAAACAAUAAAAUGCUUUCGUUGAUGAUUCAUGCGGGUUAAGAAGGUAGCGAUCAUUGCAGGAAAAAUUAACAUAACCCGCUAACGCGGGUUAUGUAUUUUUCCUGCAAUGUCGCUACCUUCAUAUCCCGAAUGAAUCACCAAAGAAAGCAUUUUAUUGUUUAAAUGUUCGCAAAUCGUUAUGGGCAUUUAACGAUUUAUCAUAAGAAGGGGUUUCAUUACUUCAUGGUACGAUGGAAGAAUAGUUUGUUAACAAAAUAAAAUCACGUUUUUCGUUUUUUAAAUAGAUAAUUCUUAUAUUCCGAUAUUCAUUAAUGUAGAACGAUAAAAUUGUUGAUUAUAUAUUAUAAAGAUGAAACACGUUUUUAUGAUCAUCGAUACGGUAUACUGAGUACCCCCUCUUCCUGAGUGAUGCAUUUACUGACAGUGUUUAUUCAUUCUUUAUACAAAAAUUCCUGUAAACAAAAAUCCACUUGUGGUUUAUACAUUUGUAUCUUUAAAAAAAAGGUACAGACAUGAAACACAAGGGGCACGAACCUGACUAGCAAAACCCCUACAACUUCUUGAUGGCAUCUUAAGUUAAAUUCUGCUUCAAUUCCUAUGCCAUCAAUCUACUUGGUCUCCGAUGACAAUCUUCCAUUUGUUCCUAUCCUUGUCAGUCUGCCUCUAUUUUCUUUCAUUGCCAAAUCUGUCAAACUUAAAGGAAUACCUAUCUUUCUGAUCUUCGCCAUUGUUGUUGAUAGACCGAGAUGGAUGUCACGUGACCCAUUUAAAGUGGAAUUUAUUCAAAUCUGUUGUAUUUUUUACCGUGCCGGUAAAAAUUUGAUUUUUUUUUUAUUUCUUGUGUCUUUGUUAUGCGAUUGACUAAUGCCUAAUUUGUUUGAAAGUCCUAUCUUAGUAAAGAAACGAAGCGAAUAUCUUAGUAAAGAAAUGAAGUGAAUAAUCGAAUCUUGUUUUUGUUAUGCACUAAAAUACGCCACAUAUACCUUUAACCAAUAGAGUUAUACAUAGGUCUUAAGAAAAAUACAUACUUUUCAACCUUUAUUGUUUUGAAAUUAGUUUGAGACAUGUUGUACAUUCAGUCAUCAUAGUAAGAAAUCACAUCUCCCAGAAAAAAGAAAAACAAAAACAGGGCACGAGCCUUGUUUACAUGACACAGAUUUGUGAGGUAUGUAUCUUGCUUAAACCUUUAAGACUGACUCUCAAAUUCAUUUGAUCACUAGAAAUGCAUUUCUAAAGCAUUGUAAAUAAUAGUAACAUAAAAAUACAAUUUGACCUAAAUUGUCACAAUGCCCCUUAAAGGGGCAUGGUCACGAUUUUGGUCAAAAAUUAUUUUUUUGAUUUUAAUGUUUUCAAUGCUUCAGUAAGGCAUUUUAAAUAGGCAACCAAAAUUUGAGUGUCAUUUGAUGAGUCAUAAGCGAGUUACAGAGCUUACAAUUCUUCGCUAUGUAAACAAAGCGUUUGUUUAAAUUUUGAACGUUGAAGUGAAAAUUACAGUUUUAGACCUAAAAUGAAUGUGUUAAUCGUUAGGCACUGUUUAUUUAUGCUUAAAAUGAAUAAUAAGGUAGAAAAACCAGCUUUAAAAAGAUUUUUUACUGGUAUAUUGAACCUAUGUAAACAAAAACAGGGCACGAGCCUUGUUUACAUGACGAAGAAUUGUAAGCCCUGUAUCUUGCUUAAAACUCAACAACUGGCACCAAAAUUUCAUUUUAUCAUUAGAAAUGCAUUCCUAAAGCAUUGCAAAUACUAAAAACAGAAAAACAAAAUUCGACCAAAAUCGUGACAAUGCCCCUUUAAAGGAAACAGAUGAAUGUUUAUAUUUUAAAUCCAAUAAAGCAAUAAAUCAAAAUUGCAAAUUGGAUUUAAUCGCUAAGUAUAUGUAAAUUCAGAACUACAACUAAAUCUUAUUUUUGCAUACGAAUUGCAUUUAACCUGUUGGUUUUCCUUGCAAUGUAUAUGUAGGUGUCUGUUUUUUCAACAACUGCAUCUGUCUGUCUGUCUGUCUGUCUCUCUCUCUCUUUUUCUCUAUCUCUCAUGUGUAAAAGACCUAAACAUCUAGGAAAAAUUGGUGUAACUGUACUGCAUACGUAAAACUAUAUGAUUUUUGAUGAAAAAAAUAAUAAGAGAAAUCUGAUAUGGAAGUCAUAAUAUAGAGUUUUUAAGCUAACAUAAUUUUAAAAAAGAUUCAUUUGCUCUUUUGAUUCUACUUAAAAUAAUGUAAAAAGCGACCCAUAUACUAAUGGUAUUUUAUAUUCAUUUGUAUUUUAACAGAAAAUUUAUGAAAUGUGGAUAAUUAUUUAUCAUAUAGUAGAGAGAGAAAUAUUCGCCCUCGUUAUAUUUUCGUCCCUUCAACAAUUUUGUCCGCGGGCAUGAGACUGGGCAAAUGAUCUGAAACGACCUUGUAUGGGCGAAUUUAAGACGGGGUGAAACUCAUUGCAAAGGUAAAAGGGCGAAAUUACACGGGCAAAAGUAACCCUGUACACAUUAUUUUGUAUAUUAUUGUUCUACUUAUCUACAAAUAUAAAAAUGUUACAUACAAAACAAGUAACCAGCUUUUUCAUGCUAGGUCAUAGUUAACAAGAAAAAAUUAAAUUAUCGGUUUACCUUUAU